AUGUCAAACACAACCGGAACACCUGCAACUUGGGUAGUGGUUGGUGCUUCACGGGGCAUCGGUCUUGAGUAUGUCAAGCAGCUCCUUCAUGCAGGAAAUCGAGUAAUCGCCACAGCUCGGAACCCAGAAGCAUCGGGACUUUCGAAAGUCAUCAAAGCUCAUGGUACUCCAGACAGUUGUAUCGUCGAGCAGUGCGACGUUGCGAUCAACCUGAAUCCCGAUAGCCCUCCUUCCAAACUGAUCUUCAUCUCGUCCGACUCCGGGUCGACCACCAAUUUCCUCGCAUAUGAAGAUGGGUUCGCAGCAUAUGCGGCGAGCAAGGCUGCACUCAACCAAAUGCUGAGACACAUGGCGGAGGAGUUGAAAAGACGUGGUGGCAAGUGGGCCGAGAUAUGUGUUCUGGCUCUCCACCCUGGCGAGGUGCAUACGGAUAUGAACUCUGGCGAGGUUGGCACCUGGGAUGUGGGAACGCUUUUGGAGCCAGAGGAGAGUGUCUCGGGCAUGCUCAAGGUGAUUAGUGAGAAGAAUCACAAUGAUACUGGCACGUUUUGGUGCUGGGAUGGCAGAGCUUAUCCAUGGUAA